AGCAGCCGGCGGGGCCCGCGGGCGCGUCCCGCCGGGGCGCUGCACUUUCGGUUCCUGUUGCGCGCGGGGCAGCGGCACGUGGCGGGGACCGGCCCGAGCAGCAGGAACCACAUGUCAUGGCUGACGAGCACCUGAGUGCCCGAACUGCCAAAAAGGGAAGUUUGUCACCCGGCAGCUCCCGGGGCAGCACGACUGAGUCAAGCACACUGCUGCAGGAGCUGAAGAGCACCAUCUCCAAAGCCGUGCAGAACAAAGUCGACUCCAUCCUGGUGAGUGCCUCCGUGGCACAUUGCGCUGAGGCAAGAUGUCCAGAAGUUCUCAGACAACGACAAGCUCUAUCUCUACCUCCAGCUGCCGACGGGACCGAGCCUGGGGGAGAAGAGCAGCAGCCUGGACCUGAGCUCGCUGAGCACAGCUGAGUACAUGCACGCGUGCAACUGGAUCCGGAAUCACCUAGAGGAGCACACGGACACUUGCCUGCCCAAGCAGGAUGUCUACGAUGCCUACAAGCGAUACUGCGAUAACCUCUGCUGCCGCCCGCUGAGCGCUGCCAACUUCGGCAAGAUCAUCCGCGAGAUCUUCCCAAAAAUCAAAGCCCGACGGCUGGGAGGCCGAGGACAGUCCAAAUACUGCUACAGCGGGGUCCGGAGGAAGACGGUGGUCAGCCUGCCACCCCUGCCCAGCCUGGACCUCAAAGUGACAGAGACCCAGUCGGAGCUGACGGAUCUGGUGCAGUCCUACAACAUUGAGGUGAUGGAGGCGGCCUGCGCCCUGACCUGCGACUGGGCCGAGAAGAUCCUCAAGCGCUCCUUCAACAACAUCGUGGAGGUGGCCCAGUUCCUCAUCCAGCAGCAUAUCAUCAGCUCCCGCUCGGCCCAUGCUGACCUGGUCAUGGCCAUGGUGGUCUCAGAGGGCACAGAGAAGAUCCACCGUGAGAACCGGACCCCGUCGACAGCGAGGAAGAACAGCGUGGACACCUCUGAGAGUGGUGACAGGAGCCAGGGGCAGGUCAAGAAGGAGAGCGGCCCCAAGCCUUCCGGCCCCCCCCGGCCUGAGAAGAAGAAGCCCCCGGAGCCCCCCAAGGCGGCCAGCAGCCCCCAGGUGAAUGCCCUGGUCGCCCGCCUGCCCCUGCUGCUGCCCCGCAUCCCGCCGGGGGAGCGGCCGAUGGCGCCCGGUGCCGCCGCCGUCCGCUCCUCCCCUCCCGUCCUGGCGCCCAAGCUCACGGCGGCGCCGCUGGCGGGCACGGUCAAGGUGGCGCUGCCGCUGCCGGUGGGCGCAGCCUCCCCGUCCCUGCCGCUGGGGCUGGCCCCGGGCGCCAGCGGGCCGGCGGGGCUGCUGAGCCAGCAAGCGGCCGUGCCGGUGCUCAACAUGCUGCUCCCCGGUGUGAGCGUCCCCGCGGCCGAGAGCCCCGCCAAGCCGCGGAGCGCGGGGGGCGGCGAGGGGCCCGGCCCGAGGGACUCGCCGCACCCCAAGGCCACCAAGAGGCACCCGGAGCCGCCCGGCGAUACCGUCCCGCAGAAGCGGCGUCGCGGGCGGCCGCGGAAGAGGCCGGAGGACGCGGGGGAAGCGGCGGAGCCUCGCGGCGGGGCGGCCGCCGGCGGAGCGGACAGCGGGGCCGGGGACUCCCCGCCCGCCCCGGCCAGCGACACCCAGGACGGCAGGACGGGUGCCGGGGGCCGCGAGCUGGCACCGGAGGCGCAGCGGAGCCUGGGCGAUGCCGGUGGCUCCGGCGUGCCCCGGGACGGGGGGGAUCCCCCGGCGGGGACCCCUCCUCCCGCAGCCGCCCCCUCCCCGCGCUCGGCCGCGGCCCGGGGGGGCUCGCCGGGGCGGGCGGGGCUCUGCGCCCACCCCGGCACUUAGCGACCGCGCCGUGACCUGCAGCCAUUAAAACCCGAGCUCUGUC